ACUUUCGGUUUCAGUCUAGGCUCGGUUGACGCCUGGUCAGGCUGCCGGUGUCAGGAGUUAGGUUACUAAAUUGUUAAUUCAAUUAGUAAGGGAUAAUAUCGGAGUCUUUACAAGCUCUAGGCGAAUAUAAAACAUCUGCUGUUACAAACUUGGUGCGUCGAGAGGAAACAACCUGUGCACUAUGCAGAAAAUGAGCUACUUCUUCCCCCUGCUCUUCAUGUGCAUGGAUGUGUGUGUGGUGCACGCCAUCCGCCUGGCCCACUUCUCACCCCUGCUCCUCUCCCAUCCCUUCCUCACCCUGUGGGGAGGAGGGUUGAUCCGGGCCUGCCUCCUCGCCUUCCUCACCUUCACCUACCCCGGAAGUGUGCCGUGGAUGAGCAGCUUCGAGGGGCUCCAGAGCUUGGGGGUCCUUUGCUUCCACUUCCCGGUGUACACCACUCUCCUCUGGGUCCUGGGGCAGUCCACAGUGGAGCAGGUGUGGGGCUGGCACUCAUGGGAAAGGGUGCUGCAGGGUUAUAUUGUGACGGCAGUGGCCUGGCUCUACUGGAGCCGCUAUGUGUCAUCUCUGUUGCUCUCCUGGGGUCGAUACAUCUCAUCCCUGUUCACGAGGACGAUGCCCUCUGAGAAGCCCAAAGAGGACACCGGUGCCUCUCUGAAGAGACUGAUGGGAUACAUGCUGCCCUACGUCUGGCGUUUUGUCGCUGUGCUGUCUCUCGUGGUUCUCUCUUCUUAUGGUGAGAUGGCGAUUCCUCAGUACACUGGCCGUGUGGCUGACUGGAUCAUAAAUGAAGAAGCACCUGAUGCAUUCACAGAGGCCAUCACAGUCAUGACGCUAAUGACCAUCGGCAGUGCUGUGCUUGAGUUUAUAUGUGACCUCACAUACAACGUCACUAUGAGCCUCAUACACACCUCAGUGCAGGGGGAAGUUUUCCAGGCUGUGCUGAAACAGGAGAUUGCUUUCUUUGAUGCCACUUCAACAGGUGAACUGGUGUCCCGCAUUACCACGGAUACCAACGAUAUGAGCGAGGCGCUGAGCGAGAAACUAAGUCUCGUCAUGUGGUACACAGCACGUUUUGGCUUCCUCUUGUUCUUCAUGGUGAGCCAGUCGUGGAAAAUGACCCUGCUCACUUGCAUGGGACUGCCCAUCAUCUGGGUCAUACCUGAACUCACCGGACACUUCCACCAGACAAUGGCUGCAAAGGUUCAGGAGUCACUGGCCAAGGCAAACCAAGUGGCAACAGAGACCUUCUCCUGCAUGAAGACGGUGAGGAGUUUUGCCAACGAGGACGGUGAGACAGAGAGGUACAGACGGCGGCUGGAGGACACUUACGCCCUUAACAAAAAGGAAGCAGUAGCCUAUGCAGCCUCUACCUGGGCCAGCAGUAUGACCACUCUGGCCCUGAAGGUGUGUAUUCUGUACUACGGAGGGACUCUUGUGACCAGAGGGGCCGUUAGCAGUGGAGACCUGGUGUCAUUCGUCCUCUAUGAGCUGCAGUUUGCCUCUGCAGUUGAGGCUGUCAUGCGCUAUUACCCAGAAGUGAAGAAGGCAAUCGGUGCCUCUGAGAAGAUCUUUGAGUAUUUGGAUCGGAAACCUCAAAUACCCCCAGAUGGCACUUUGGCCCCUGAAAAUCUUAAGGGACACAUUCAGUUCAAAAACGUUAGAUUUUCCUAUUCUGGCAAGACGGAUGAAAACAGUCUUGUGCUUAAGGAUGUGUCUCUGGAGGUGAAGCCAGGCCAAAUCACAGCCCUUGUGGGGCUUAACAGAUCAGGGAAGUCCACCUGUGUCAAGCUGCUGGAGAGAUUUUACCAGCCCCUAGCAGGGGAGAUCCUACUGGAUGGGAAACCACUGAAUGACUACAAAGACCAGUACCUGCAUGACAAGAUUGCCGUGGUGAGCCAGGAUUGUGUGCUGUUUGCUCGCUCUGUGCGUGAGAACAUCAAGUACGGCUGCAAGGAUGCCUCUGAUGAGGAGAUGUUCAGGGCUGCCAAGCUGGCCAGUGCCCACGAGUUCAUCUUGGAACUGCCGAAUCAAUACGACACAGAUGCUGGGGAGAAGGGAGGGCAGGUAUCUGGUGGCCAAAAGCAGCGCAUCGCCAUCGCUAGAGCUUUAAUCAGAUGUCCCAAAAUCCUGAUACUGGACAAUGCCACCAGUGACUUGGACACAGAGAAUGAAUACCAGGUCCACCAAGCUUUGCUGAACCAGACCAACAACUGCUCCGUGCUGCUCAUAUCCAACAAGAUGAGUGCCAUAGAAAAGGCCAACCAUAUAAUUGUCCUCAGUGAGGGGAUGGUAAAGGAGGAGGGCAGUCACGACGAGUUGCUGAAGAAAGAAGGCCUUUAUGCUGAACUGGUGAAAAAGCAGAACAUGGGCUUCUGUCGUAAAGAAGAGGAGGGAAAUGAUGCACUGUGAUAUGUCCGGUGGCUUCUCUCGAGCUGGAGAAGUCGAGUUACAGUAGGGUUGCGGGUUAAAAGUCUGGACUUAAAGUGUCAAAACUCCUGCCACAUUGUUACUAUAACAACUUUACUGUGAGACUACACUUUAAACCACAUGUAUUGGUAGAGUUUUGACCCUUUAAGGUCAUUUCCCUUUUCCAUGCUCCUUGGAAGUAGGCGAAACUGUUUCAGAAAUUCCUACUUUAGAAUUCCAGACUUUAAAAAUAGAAGUGCCCUUGAAUCAGCAGCCCCUGAGCAAGGCGUCAAACCCCCACCUGCUCCAGGACGAACAGGCCUACCUGGACAAGGCAAGAUAUGGAUAAAAUCCUCAACACAUCCACAGUACAUUUGACUUUAUAUUGUGAUAUGGAUAUAUAUCACAACACAGUAACAGACGUCAGACAGGAAUGUCUGUUUCUGACGAAUUCAGCAAUUAAACACAUGGUGCACAAAUUAUAGAGUCAGUAUAGCCACAAAGCAGUUCUACGCAUUGAUUUGCAAUAUUUCCCACAAUGGUCUGAUGUAACUGAGGAUACAGUAUGAAAGGGAUAGCUACCAUGUUUUAAAUGGUAUGGCAAAAUUGUAAUUGUUCCACUGAAUAUAUCAUCAUAUCAGCAACAGAGUUUGCCUUUCAUCCACGCACUUAUGGUAGGGAGCUACCAUACAAGGUGCUGGUCUAACCUUUGAUAUUUGGGGUUUCCUCCUGUCCAAGGAGGCUCCGACAUGCUGACAUGAGGAGCUUUACGUACUGUGUAGAAGAUAAUUUAUGAUAAUUGUGCGCUCCAUUGCUUCAUACGUGUUGCAAAUGUAGAUGUGGAAGAGAUGAAGCAGCUAGAGAUAUUUCAUAUUGCACUAUUUAAGAUGAGUGUUUUUUAAUGUCAUGGCUGUAUCUAUUUUUUUUACAGUAUUUGUCAGAUGUUUUGUCUUUUCCGUACUUUUCCCCAUACUGAUUGAGAACCUGGACAUUAGUCAUCACACAUCUUCAUCCUGGACUCCACCAAACUACUGAAUUCAUCCUCACUCCACCACAAUAGUUUUUAUGAUGUGAUUAUUUUGCUCAUUCCUAACUCUCAUUUUUCUGAAUAGCAUGAAGGGACUUCAUCUGUAAUUUAAUCUGUUUGUACUUUGUUUUCCAGCCUGCAGUUGCAACAAUAAAUCUUUUGAAUUAA